CCAGCACUAUAAAGGCGGAGGGCUAGAGAUAUACAAAAUUUAAUAAGCUAACCAUUGAUUUGGAUCAAGAGAAGAGUAAUGUAAUUUAAUCAAGGAGACGAUGAAGAAGGUGAAGAGAGGAUUGUGGUCUCCUGAAGAAGACGAGAAGCUAGUAAAGUGUAUGAAGAGGAUAUUGAGUAGUGAUGGGGCGCAAGCGGCAUGUUGGAGUCGUGUGCCUAAAAUGGCAGGGCUUGAGAGAUGUGGAAAGAGCUGCAGGUUGCGGUGGAUAAACUACUUGAGGCCGGAUCUUAAAAGAGGUUGUUUCAGUGCAGAGGAGGAAAGGACAAUCAUUGACGUUCACCGUAUUCUAGGCAACAGAUGGGCUCAAAUAGCCAAACAUCUCCCUGGGAGAACCGACAAUGAGAUUAAGAAUUUUUGGAAUUCCUCCAUAAAAAAGAAACUUAUUGCUCAGGGUCUUGAUCCUACUACCCACAAUCUCCUCCCUGCAUCUACUACCAAUACUAUUUACAAUCAUCAUCAAUCAAUUAUAAUUUCUCAAUCCCCUGUCACCUCCAACAACAAUAAUAAUACAACCUACUUAACUACUUCGUUGCCCCUACCCAUGAACUUUGAACAUCAUCAUCUAGGUAUGAACGAAAACAAUAAUAUUAUUGAUGAUAGCAGUGAGGCGUUGCAGAGGAAUAAUACGUUGGAGAAAGACAAUGAUGACAAUGGCGUGGGUAUGGUUGCAGAAUAUCAACUGGAAAUGGGGUAUAGAGAGCUCAAUAACAAUGUUAUGAUGAGGCAGCAGCUCCAACAUGAUGUUGAUGUUCAUGAUUAUAAAACCACAUGUCACAAUAGUACUACCACUGUUGUUGAGUUUCACGAUUUUGAUUUCUAUUUUGAGGACUCGACACCCAUGUCAAAUAUUCCGCCAAAUUCCAUCCUUACCAAUUAUACUUCUUCGUCCAAUAAUUUUCAAUUUGCUUAGCUAGCUAGCUAGAUUGGCUACCUUUUAAUUUACGACCGUUGUUAUUAUUCAUUAAUUACCUUUUGUCCAUAAUGAAUCCAAUCUCGGUCAUCAUCUACUAUAUUAUACAUGUCAUGCUUGUAUGGAUGUACCUCAUAAAUAUAAUGUACGUUAUAUUAUAUAUAUUCAUUUUCUUUUCUUCC